AUGGUAGGGACUCCAACGUCUCCCGCUUCCCCUUCCUUCAGUAAUCCUCGGCCCGUGAGCGCUAUGAUACGACCGGCUCGGAGCUCAAGUCGCCUGAGCAUGAGCAGUAAGGCGGGGGGAAGCAGAGCGUCUGAUGAGGAUGCUAGAACUUCAGUCAAAGUUGCUGUGCGCGUGCGACCACCGCUUCGCUCCACCGAUCCCGGCUUCGAUUUGAUACCGCAACGGUUCCAGAGGGGAAUGGUACAUGUUACGAGCCCGACAAGUCUUGCUGUGGAUAGUCCUCAGGGAAGGAAGAUAUUCGUGUUUGAUAGAGUAUUCGGACAAGAAGUAGACCAAAAUGGUGUUUGGGACUACUUGGAGGAGAGCGUGAACGCGUUCGUUCAAGGUUACAAUGUUUCGCUGCUGGCUUAUGGUCAGUCAGGCGCUGGAAAAUCAUACACUAUGGGGACUUCGGGUCCUGAUGAGCAGAGCAACAUUAAAGUUAUGGGGGUAAUUCCAAGGGCUGCUGCGGCUCUUUUCGAGAGGCUUGGAAGCGGUGCUCCAAACCCUCGAAAUUCUACUUCGGGCCUAAGAGCGCCAGUGAGAUAUUCCACUCCUAUAUCGCAAUUAGCAAAGCCAGCUGUGGAUAAGGGCUGGACUAUGAAAGCUAGUUACGUUGAGAUAUAUAACGAACAAUUAAGAGAUCUGUUGUUGCCUGAGGGCACGAGGCCAGAAGAACGAGUCCCGAUCACCAUUCGCGAAGAUGCAAAAGGAAGGAUCCUUUUGACCGGGCUGCAUCAGGUCAUUGUGAAUACAGUUGACGAUUUACUUGGAGCUUUGAACUUUGGGUCUUCCAUUCGGCAGACGGACGCAACAGCCAUUAACGCGAAGUCUUCUCGUUCACACGCGGUUUUUAGCUUGAAUCUUGUGCAACGGAAACCUAAAGGCCCUGCAAGUAAGGAUGAGAAGCGGUUUUCGAUGCCCACAGAAAUGCUCGGACAGGAAGGGUAUGUGACGGUUGACAGUAAAAUGCACUUUGUCGAUUUAGCUGGUAGUGAGCGGUUAAAGAAUACUCUGGCCCAAGGUGAUCGAGCGAAGGAAGGUAUAUCGAUUAAUGCAGGUUUGGCAAGUCUGGGGAAAGUCAUUUCACAGCUUUCGUCACGCCAGGCCGGAUCACAUGUCUCGUAUCGUGAUUCCAAACUUACCCGUCUCCUCCAAGACUCCUUGGGUGGCAAUGCGAUUACUUAUAUGAUCGCCUGUGUUACUCCAGCCGAAUUUCAUUUAAGUGAAACAUUAAAUACCGUACAAUAUGCUCAACGUGCUCGUGCUAUCCAAAGCAAACCCAGGAUACAGCAAGUUUCGGAUGACGGCGACAUGAAGGCCCUUGUAGAACGUCUCAGGGCCGAAAUUGCUUUUCUUAGAGACCAACUGAAGAAUCAUUCGGAAUCCGGUAGUGGGUCUAGUAGUGGAGGCCAAACCCGUUCAGAGCGAUCAAGCGAUAAGGAGAGAGAAAUGGAGCUCCAAAAUCAGCUCUUGGACCUCCAGGAGAAUUAUGGUGCUUUAAGUCGGCGUCAUGCAAAGUUUAUAUCAGAGAUCACUAAGGUCCGGGAUACACAGGAACUUUCGGCUCAACCUAAUGAUUACACAGAUAGUGCCGAAGAAAGGCUUGCGAGGUCAAAUUCGCUAUCAGAUGCGGUGGAACAGGUUGUUUUGGAAUAUGAAAAAACCAUUCAGAGUCUUGAAACAUCGCUUUCUAGCACUCGGGGUUUAUUGUCAGCCAAUGAGUGUUGCCUUUUGGAGAAGGAGACUAAACUUGCAUACAUUGAGACGGUUAACCAGCAACUCCAUGCACGUGUUCAGAAACUGAUGGAUCGCGAGUCGAGCACUGAAAAUUACCUCCACGAUUUAGAGACCAAGUUGGAUAGCCACACAUCUGGGGAAGAGAGCUCAUCAGUCUGGUUACUCGAACAUGUUGUGGACCGUCAACGCAGUCUGGGAAAGCUCGACAACCUCCUAUAUGAGCUGGACUCAAUGAACUCACAAAAGGAAGAGAAAUCAGUGAAUAAGGCUGCAGAGGAGUCCGAUAAAGUGAGAAACGGCCGUGCAAGACCUCACAGUGAUGAUACUCUUGUUGAGGUUCCCGAGUCAGUUAAUGGUGAUGAUGAUGAUUUUGUGGACCUUGGUGUGGAAAAGUUGCGGGUACAGGAGAACAGAAUAUCCGGGUCAACUACUCCCGAGACUGGCGAUCACACCUCACAGCCCGCAUCAGGGAAGGCGAUUCCUUCGAUCACACUCGGUAACUCACCCAAGAUCGAGUACCCUCCUCAGAGCCCGGCCCAGUCUCAGUUCGUUGCCGAUAAGUUGGAGUCCGUACAGCAAGAGCUUAUUGAUCUCAAAGUCGAACACGAAACAACUAUCAACGAACUUGACCAAAUGUCUGCCAACUAUGAGGCAGCGCUCCGUGAUCUCGCCGCUCUUCAGGAUCGUCUCGAUGAGGCCCGACACCAGGCUGCCCCUUCGCGGGGCACCUCGCCUUCACCAUCGCCAAACCUGCGACCCACCUCUUUUUUAGUAGGCGCGAGGGUGAGCGAUUUAAAGGCCGAGGACCAAGGCUCAUCCUCGCUUUCGCUAUCUUCGGAAUUAUCCUUGGUUGGGGACUCGCCUAUCUCCCCAGUGAGUAUCGACAGCGAAGCGCAGCGCAUUAAAGAAGAAUUGGAGAUGCAAAGGAAGAUCAGCUAUGAGAGAGAGGAGGCUUUGGCUACAGAGUUGGAGAGCGUCAAGAUCCAAAUGGAAGAUGCCCUCAAAGUACAGGAAGAGGAACACGAUCUCCUUCACUUGCAGCUGAAGCAGUCACUGGAUCAGCUUUCUGAACUCCGACACAGAGAGAGGGUUUCCGGCGUCAUCUCACCGUCUGGUACCCAUAUUCUCCGACGAAAAUCUAGUCAGAGCUUGGCUGUUCUAGACCGUGCUCGUCGCUCUUUCGACAAUCUUCAUAGGAUUGCAGUUGAGAAUUUCAAGGAUCAUCCGGACAUAUUGGAGAACUUCGAACUCAACAUUGAUGCCGCCGUCAAGGAGCUUACAGUCCGCUCAGAUCGUAUUUCAGAAUUGGAGACUGAGAUCUCGUCGUUGAGGAAGGAGAUGGACGCCAAGUCCGCUAUCAUCAACGGGUUGGCCAGAGAACGAUCUAGUAUAUCUACUUCGCCAAUGGAUAUUUCAGUUGUUGCAGUCAUGGAACGGCGCAUCGAGGAGACACAGGCUCAGCUCAAUAGCACACGGGAGCUACUAUCGAUCCGUGAGAGCGAUUUAGCCAUCGCUCAUCGCGAAUUGUCGGCACAGUCAGGAGAAUCAACCAGUGAUGUGGAGGAUCUUCUCAUCGAGUUAACUAAAGAGAAGACCUUGAGUGCUGAGAAGUCACAACGGAUAUCCGACCUUCAGAGAGAAAUUGUGGACACACGACAAAACCAUGACGCAGCCCUCGAGACAAUGGAUCGCUCUAAGAAAGCUCUUGCUACUGCCGUCCAUGAACUUGAGAGUGAGUUGGCCAGAAACAAGGAGGUUGUCGAGGCCGAAAGGGCUCUCAAGGUCACAGUCGAAGAGGAGAAGAUUCAACAUCAGGAACGUGUUGAGAUGCUUGAACAUAUUGUUGCCGAGAACAAGACUACUAUUGACUCUCAGCUCGCACGACUUGCCGAACUUGAGAAGACCCAUGCGGCCACUCGUGAACAGAUCGAUAACCAGCUCUCCCAAACUUCAAACCCCUCUGAAUCGACUGUUGAGGAGGUCCGGAAGCAACAGGUGUUGGCAAAAGAGCUUGAACAUGCCAUUGCGCAGAAUAGAGCGGUUAUUGAGGACCAGCAGGCCCGUCUUGCCAACCUCGAAGCACCUUACCAAGAUGCCAUUGAUCAGGUCGAGGCUCUCCGGCGGAAGGAAGAGGCGGCUGUUCUUGCGCUCAACGAAGCGGAAACACGCGCAUCCGAGAAAAUUGCCACUAUUAAUGCUAAGCACGAGGAACUUGUUCAGACCAUUCGAGCUAAGCUUGAGGAGAGCAAGAGCGCUAUUCUGGAACAUGUUGCCAAUCUUACCAGACUCCAGGUAACCCAUGCUGAGGCUAAGUCACUCAUUGUAACCCUUGAGGGCGAUAAGUCAAAGGCACAGGAGGAGGCUGCUCGACACGCUACUACCAUCAAGGUUCUUGAAACUGAAGUGGAAGGGAGCGAGGCUACGAUCAAGAAACAUCUCGACACGAUCUCAGAGCUUCAGGAGCUUCACAAGCAGGCCGACGAGGAAAUUGAGAAGUUGUCCAAGAAGGAGGCUAAGCACGCUAAGCUACUUGAGGACCUUGAGCAGCAACUUACAUUCACCUUCGACCAGGGCCAGGAGAAUGCGACGAAGUUGGCUGAUGUCACCGCCGAAUAUGAGCGUCUCCAGCAGGAGAAAAAGGCUUUGGUUGCGGAAUCUACGGCAAAGAAUGCGGAGUCUCAACAACUUAUUGAGAGCUUGACCGAUGAGGUUGCAAGUCUUCAGACGAAACUUGCAGAAGUUCAGAUGGAGCUCCAAGGGUUGGGCGGAGCACGGGCUCAACGAUCCAAUUCGACCUCUUCCAACGGCAAUCUCCGGAAGAGUACUUCCACAACCUCACUACCAUCUCCGCCUCCGGCAAUUCCCCUUCCUCCCCUGCCAAGUAAUGCAGCUUCGCCCCUUGCUAGCCCGGUUCAACCCCCGCCUACACCAAGCAUGUCCAGGCACCCCAGCAAAGACUAUGUCGUUGCCCAUAUGGAGGACCAGGAGGCGCGGAUCAAGACGCUCGAGAAGCAGCUUCAGGCAGAGAAGGCUCUAACAAUAACGCUCGAGGAGGCACUUACUGAUUGCGAGAACAAGAUGAAGUCGCUAAGGUCAGACCGCGACAGUUUCCAGGCCAAGGCCUCCCAGGUCCAACAGGAGCUCGACCGAGCCCGGAACGAAUCACAAACAAGUAGGUACUCCAUGCAGGCCGUCGAAGAGGAGCGACUCGCGCGGAAGAAGGCCGAGCUGGCCCGGGAGCAGCUGGAAGUUAGGAUGCGUGAUAUAGCGAAGAAAAACAAGCGAUCGUUUGCCUGCUUUUAGCUUUCAUCUCUUUCUUGAUCUUUCCAAUAAACUCCUGUAUUGUCAUUUCUCACCAAACUGAUUUCAAAAAUUUCUCAUUCGUGAGAACUUCUCCCUCAUCUUCACUAGCUAGUCAAAAUAUCCGUCUUUUCUUUCGUGUUUCUUACUUUUCCUGCCUUUAUAUACCCCUUCUUCCUAUUUUUAUUUCUAUCUCUGACGUUUUUGUCAAUUUCUUAUUAUACCUCUGGGUUUAUGGGUGGAUGAAAGUGAUUUUGACUUUGAUGACUUGCUCUUUAUUUGUGUUUCCUCUUCCCUUUUGGCGGGUGAAUACCAAUUUCUUUCGCUCUCAUUUUUUCUUCUUUUUUCUGCUAUAUAAAAAGCCAUCGUUUUUUCUUCUCUUCAACACUAUUCUGGAUGGAUGGGUGGAUGGACGGGACGAACAAACGUUCAUACCUUGUAGGUGUUUGCGUUUUUUUUCCCCCUCAUGAUAUUUUCAUUUUCAUAUCGUUUACUUGCACUGGUCUGCUCCCUCUUCUCUUGUACCUGUGAAGGGAAGAAAGAGAGGAAAGGCAGGGGGGUACUUCGGUUUUUCUUUUCUUUUUCAAUUUAUUAUACCUUAACUUUUACUAUUUCUUUGUUUUAUAUUCACACAAGACUUUUUCCUUCCCCCCCCUCCACAUGGCUAUAUACCGAUACCCAUACAUCUAUCUAUCUAGCUAUUUAUUUCAUCUGCUUGUAUGCGUAUCUCUGCUUUUUCUUUUUCUUUUUUUCGGUUGUCACUGGUGGCUGGUGUUGGAUUCGUCGGGGUUUCGGGGAUGUGCGUGGAAUUUAACCUACCUAUUAUUUA